CCGCAUACAGCCUCUCCUCUCACUCGGAGCGGACAAGCAACAGUGAGGACAGGUCAAUCUUCCGCCGCAUCAUGACGCGGUGACCGCUCACAUCUCCGGAGGACCUGGACAGACAGUGCCAAGUGUGCGCGUCUACAUCAGAGCUGACUGCGCGGCACACUAUACUCUCGGAGAGCUAAUUGAAUUGUUGCUAGCCUGCGCAAGACGCAUAAGUAAAUGAUACUCGUCAUGUUGAGAGUUAUGUGAGAGUGAAUCAUCGCGGAUGUGAACAUCACGCCAGCUCCAAGCCCCAGAUAUGACCAUCUCCAGAGACGUCCCGGGAACGGCACCAGCGUCCAUCGUGACUUAGAUGGUGAACCCCGCCCCCGUAUGUCCCGGGCCAUGCUGUGGGAGAGGUACAACAACCUGAGUGCACUGUGUGGAGACAGGCACGCACUUGAGGCUGAGCGGUAAAAGUGCUGCCGUAUCACUGCUGUGUUCUGAAGGCCGAAGUGAAAGCUGCAGUGAUCUUGUUUCACCCAAAGGUGCUCCACUUACAUGCCGGGGACCCAUAGGUACUUCUCAGGGCUACAUUGGGACACUAUCUACAAUGGAUAAGAACGCAGGAGGUCCAGUCAUGUAAUGGGUCUCCCUCAUGAGAACGGGGCAGAGCCAUGCUUGGAUGACCCUCGCUCUCCCCCUCUUGCAGAUCUUGAUUGUGUUCACCAUUGGGAUAGUGUGGUCCAGUGGCUGCAGGACAAUGGUCAAACCUCUUCUCAAAAUACACCGUUACUUUUGUCGAAAACCGGUGCGCUUCUUCUCACUCAUCCUGCUGUAUCUGACAGCGGGAAGCCUGGUCUUCCUCCACUCAGGCAUUAUGUGGGACAGUCCCAGCUCCAGCAGAGGAGAAGCCCGGGGGGACUCUGUGGUUGCUGCGGAGAUGGCAGGCAGGACCACAGUUUUGCAUGUCCGCGGGCUGGGGCUGAUGAGCAGGGUGUUUAAUAAAGAAAACAGAAAGGUAGGGGGCCGCCGCUUUGGCCCUCCAUGGAAGAAGAACGGACAAGCCGAGGCAGAAGGCAAGGACUACACCAGUAACUGGAACAGGGCCCUUAAAGGGCGCAACGCCAAAGACAUGGAGGAUGGAAGAGCAAAGUACAUUGGCUGUUAUGUGGACGACACUCAGAGGCGAGCGCUGCGAGGAGUUUCCUUUUUCGACUACAAAAAAAUGACUGUGUUCCGUUGCCAGGACAACUGUGCAGAAAGAGGUUACAUGUUUGCAGGCCUGGAGUUUGGUGCAGAGUGUUACUGUGGGCACAAGAUACAAGCAGCCAAUGCCUCUGAGUCUGAGUGCAACAUGCAGUGUAAGGGCGAGAAGAACAACCUUUGUGGAGGGGCCAAUCGCCUGUCCAUCUACCGACUAGAGCUGAGCCAGGAGUCGGCACGGCGAUACGGUAGUGCCAUUUUCAAGGGCUGUUUCCACAAACCAGACAACGUCACCAUGGCCCUUCCUUUCAGCGCCGUGAUCCAAAACAUGUCUGUAGACAAGUGUGUAGACAUGUGCACAGAGAGGGAGAAGACGCUGGCUGUGCUGGCUGGAGAUCGCUGUCACUGUGGGUUCCCCACUCCUCUCUUCCCCCUUCAUGACCUGGAGGAGGAGGACCUGUGUCUUUACCGUUGCCAAGGCGAGGAGUUUGAGAGCUGUGGGAAUGACGAGUACUUUGUGGUGUAUCAGACACAGGUGCAAGAUAACCGCUGCAUGGACCGCCACUUUCUGCCUACCCGCUCCAAGCAACUGUUUGCUUUGAGCAGUUUCCCCGGAGCAGGCAACACUUGGGCACGUCACCUGAUCGAGCUUGCUACCGGUUUCUACACUGGCAGCUACUAUUUUGAUGGAUCACUCUAUAACAAAGGGUUCAAAGGUGAACGCGACCAUUGGAGAAGUGGACGGACAAUUUGCAUCAAGACUCAUGAGAGCGGCAGGAAGGAGAUCGAAGCAUUUGACGCAGGCAUCCUCAUGAUCCGUAACCCCUACAAGGCCCUCAUGGCAGAAUUCAACCGCAAGUAUGGAGGCCAUAUUGGGUUUGCCUCUCAGGCCCACUGGAAAGGGAAAGAGUGGCCUGAGUUUGUAAAAAACUACGCCCCUUGGUGGGCAUCGCACACAUUGGACUGGCUGCAGUACGGACGGCGUGUACAUGUGGUUCAUUUUGAGGAGCUGAAGAGGGACCUGUUUGCUCAGCUCAAAGGCAUGGUACAAUUUUUGGGCUUGGAAGUGUCUGAGGAGCGCCUUCUCUGUGUUGAGGGACAGAAGGAUGGAAACUUUAAGCGCUCUGGACUUCGCAAACUGGAGUAUGACCCCUACACAGCGGAGAUGAGAGCACACAUCGAUGAACUUAUAAGAACUGUUGAUGCAGCGCUGAAGAAAAAGCACAUGUCAGGGGUUCCAGAGGAGUACAGGCCCAGAUGAUACAUGUAGUAACUGUGUUUGAUGCUUUAAAUUAUAGAUGUGUGUUGUAGACAGUAUGUUUUAUGGCAAGACACUAUCCGUAAAUUGGCUGUAUUUAAGUUUGGGAAAUAGUACAAAAAAAUAAAAAAUAAAAUAAGUUAAAAAAUAUUUUAAAUAAAAUAGGUAAUAGAUACAUCAGAAAUUAUUCUAUUUUGUAUUUUUACAUAUGCUGUUAAAUUGUAUAUCUGAAAAAGUCUAGUAAAAGAACAAAUUGUUGCCAAAUAUUGAUGGAACAAAUAGACUGGUUUUAUAUAUUUUUAUUUUAUUUUAUUUAGUAACAAACAGGAUAAGGGUCCCAAAAUGCUGAAAAGGGAAAAGUGAGGCCACCUUUUAUGUGUAGUGUCUUGCCUUAUUUUGUCAUAUUCCUAAUCUCUAUUUAUUCAGAUUUUUGUAGGAGUUUCUUUCCAGUUUUUCAUGAUGAAAAGCACUUCUAUGCACAUGUGCAAUGUGGCCAUGUGCCUUAACUUGAACAAGGUACGCUACAGCUGUGAAUACAGACGCAUCAGUACAGUUAACAUGUCUGCAAACAAUACCAAACCAUUCUGUAUCUCAUUACAAUAGAAUGGCACAUACACAUUUAAAAUAAAGGCUCGGCAUAUUUUCACACCCAAAGUCAAAUGUAUAUAAAUAUAUGUAAAAUAAUGCAACUUUUACACAAUUUUGUAGUAAGUGGCAUGAGCCUGUAUGUCACCUGGCAAAUGCUCACAUCUGACAUGAAGAAUUUCAACCAACCUUUUAGCUGCUAUGUUAUAAAAGCCUUAUGAGGUUUUUACCAAAUAUGGGCAAUAUGGGCUGCGACACCUGUGUUUUUAUUUAUUUAUAAAAACUUUCAAAUCCAAGAUGUACUAUUCUUCUCAAAAUCACUGACUCAACAGCCUUUGUCUCUAAGUUUUCUCAAACUGAACUAAAGUAGGAGCCCUAAAAAUGGGAGCAAGUACAAUGGCUGUUUCAUGUAAUGGGUUUAGUUUAUGAUAACAAACUUAAUGAAAUAUUUUAUGUUUUUGCCAUAAUUCAUCAAAUUGCUUAAAUUUGUGAAUAUUAUGAAACGCUGACUUCCAUUUUCAGUAUAAAGCUAUACUUAAUAUAAUUCUAUUUUUAUAGAAUUGACAAUUCUUUAUAUUGCAAAAUGCUGACAGAGUAUAUUUUUCAGACAUGCUUUAAGACUUUUGGCUAUUAGCUAAAUACUAAAACUACACACUGGCAUGUUUUAACACCAAGUGCCACUGAAUGUAUUUUAUAUGGAAUGAAGAAUGUACUGUGAAAGCCUAA